CUGCAGGCCGCGCCGGGCACGGCGGGCGGAAGGAACCGAGCCGGCUGCCACCGUGUCCCCGCCGGAGCCGCCGCCGCCAACGGAGCGUCGCGGGCCCGAUCGCGCGGACCGCCCUCCCCGCGCCACGUCCCAGCGCCGCCCGCCCGCCGCCCGCGCACCUGGGCGCCCGCCGCCUCCCGGCUCCGCUCGGCCUCCGCGCCCGCACCGGCCUUCACUCUGGAGCGGCCCCGGCAGCCGCAGCAGGGGCGGCGGCGGCGGAUCGAGGAGCUCUCCAGGUCGUCCCGGGAGCGGCUGCUGCAGUCCCGGGACAGGAUGUUCUCCAAGUUCACCUCCAUCCUGCAGCACGCCGUGGAGGCGCUAGCACCCUCUCUUCCUUUACAAGAAGAUUUUGUUUACCACUGGAAGGCAAUUACCCAUUACUACAUAGAGACUUCGGAUGACAAAGCCCCAGUGACAGAUACAAAUAUUCCAUCUCAUCUGGAACAGAUGUUAGAUAUAUUGGUACAAGAAGAAAAGGAACGGGAAUCUGGAGAGACGGGGCCAUGUAUGGAAUACUUGCUUCAUCACAAGAUCCUGGAAACAUUAUAUACCUUAGGGAAAGCUGAUUGUCCUCCAGGAAUGAAGCAGCAGGUGCUGGGAUUCUACACCAAACUCCUGGGCAGAAUCAAGCAGCCGCUACUUCCGCACAUCAACGUGCACAGGCCCGUGCAGAAAUUAAUUCGACUCUGUGGUGAAGUCCUUGCAACACCAACGGAAAAUGAAGAAAUUCAGUUUCUCUGUAUUGUGUGUGCAAAACUGAAAGAAGAUCCCUAUUUGGUUAAUUUUUUUCUGGAGAAUAAGUUGAAAUCGUUGGCUUCCAAAGGAGCAGCCAGUGUCACUGCAGAAGACACGUUAAAAGGUGCGGAGUCCUUUUCCACAGACACGGGACAGCCCUGUCGGCCCGAGGAGCUGCCUGGUGCCUCCGGGACGGAGCAGACAGAGUUAGACGAUGAGCCUCCUCCUCAGACGGACGACCUGUCCACGGGCCUGGAGAACCUGAGUGUCAAUUCACUGCCGGAGGCCUCGGUCGUCCGCCCAAACCAGGACUACAACCUCGUGAAUUCCUUGUUAAAUCUCACCAGAAGCCCUGACGGCCGGAUAGCUGUGAAGGCCUGCGAGGGCCUCAUGUUGUUAGCGAGUUUGCCAGAGCCCAAGGCUGCCAAGUGCCUCACGCAGAGCACGUGCCUGUGCGAACUCCUGACCGACAGACUCGCCGCCCUGUACAAGGCCCUCCCUCCGUCGGUGGACCCCUUAGAUAUUGAAACUGUGGAGGCCAUCAACUGGGGUUUGGACUCAUAUAGUCAUAAAGAAGAUGCAUCGGCAUUCCCAGGAAAACGAGCCUUAAUUUCAUUUCUUUCCUGGUUUGAUUAUUGUGAUCAACUCAUAAAGGAAGCACAAAAGACUACUGCUGUUGCUCUUGCCAAAGCCAUCCAUGAAAGAUUUUUUAUUGGUGUUAUGGAACCUCAGUUAAUGCAAACUUCCGAAAUGGGUAUCCUGACGUCGACUGCUUUGCUUCAUCGCAUUGUUCGGCAAGUCACCUCCAAUGUUUUGCUUCAAGAAAUGGUGUUUUUUAUCCUUGGGGAACAGAGGGAGCCAGAAACUCUGGCAGAUAUGAACAGACACCCUUUAAGACACAGGUUAAUUGAACAUUGUGAUCACAUAUCUGAUGAGAUAAGCAUAAUGACACUAAGGAUGUUUGAACAUCUUUUACAAAAACCCAAUGAGCACAUUCUUUACAACUUGGUCCUAAGAAAUCUUGAAGAAAGAAAUUAUACGGAAUAUAAACCCGUGUGUCCAGAAGAUAAAGAUGUGGUAGAGAACGGACAGAUAGCAGGAGCAGUAGAUCUGGAAGAAGAUCCAUUAUUUACUGACAUUUCACCAGAUAACACUUUGUCAAACCAAGAAUGGCUUAGCUCUUCGCCGCCUGCUACUCCAGACCACCCCAGAAAUGAUGGGAAGACUGAAGUCCAUAAAAUUGUGAAUAGUUUUCUCUGUCUGGUACCGGAUGAAGCGAAAUCAUCCUACCACGUUGAGGGCACAGGAUAUGACACCUACCUCCGAGAUGCUCAUAGGCAGUUCCGGGACUACUGUGCUAUCUGCUUAAGAUGGGAGUGGCCUGGGUCUCCAAAAGCCUUGGAAAAGUGCAACUUAGAAGCCACUUUCUUUGAAGGUCAUUUUUUGAAAGUUUUAUUUGACAGAAUGGGAAGAAUUCUUGAUCAGCCAUAUGACGUAAAUUUACAAGUGACCUCAGUGUUGUCCAGACUGUCUCUCUUCCCUCAUCCACACGUACACGAAUACCUUUUGGAUCCCUAUGUGAACCUUGCUUCUGGCUGUCGGUCUCUCUUCUCUGUCAUUGUCAGGGUCGUCGGAGACCUUAUGGUUAGAAUCCAGCGUAUCCAAGACUUUACUCCCAAGCUUCUACUAGUCAGAAAGCGAUUACUUGGUUUAGAACCGGAAGGCCCUAUGGUGGACCACAUCACCUUGCUGGAGGGCGUGAUCGUGCUGGAAGAGUUCUGCAAGGAGCUGGCGGCCAUCGCGUUUGUGAAGUACCACGCUUCCUCCACGCCGUAGAUACCCUUCCCAGGCGCCAUACAUAGCUGUGCACGUCCUUGAAUCCAGGACACAAUCAAAGGAACUUCCAGAAAUAAGCAUUUCUAAUGCCUGUGUGAAAGCUGCGGAAUUUCUGAUGUCAUGCCUUUGAUCUUUCUGUUAUUUUAAUAUCCUUUUUGGUAGCAAGGCCUUUUGACAUUCUCUGGGACUCAGAUGCUUAUAUUCUUUUGGAUUAUCAGAAGCAAAAAACAACAACAACGAAUUUUUAUAACUUUUUAAGGUAAGAAUUCUUAUCAAGCAAAAUAUGAAAAACUGUAAAUGAGAAAAAAAAUACAAUUCAGGGACCAUCAAAUGAGUUGAGUUAAUAAUAGGAGAUAAAAAUGUGUAGAGAACCAUUAACUUCCUUCAGCUUUUCUAAGAAUAACAAUUUAAUAUGAUAAUAAAAUUCUUGAUUAAUAUAAUAUAUAUAUAUUUUUAAAGAAAUGUUCUUUUACUCUUGUGCACAUGGCCAUGUAGGUGAUGAAUGUUCAUGUAUGGGUCCCAGUUUAUUUAAACCGUGUCAUUUUGGCAACAAUACCGAGUUUGUGCUCACCAGUGGUAGUGCUUGCUAAAAUAGUAUUUUUUAAAGCUAAUUUACACGUGUUAGGUUGAGAGCCUUUUCUUUUUGUUCUAUCUCUCUUUGAAAAUUGUUCCAUGAAAUCACUUUAUAAUUUGAUUUUCUUACUGAAAUGCAUGGUUGUGUCUCGGUGGGGAACUCACUGAUAACUCUUAGAAUCAAAAUUCCAAUGGCCUCCCUAAUGUUUACAUUUAUUUUUUCAUUUUGUUCAGUCUUUUGUUUUAAAUUAUUCAAGAGAGAGAGUUAAAAACCAAACAGACAGACCAGUCUGUCCUGUUUACAUGGGAAAGAAUGUGGGUGCAGUGGGUAUGUAUGUGAGUGGGUAUGUAUGUAGGAACUGUGGGUAGCUUGGCAGAGCUGUGCAGGCACCACGUGCUGGGAGUUAAUUGACAAAAUGUUGUUUGCUGAUCCACUCUCUAUUCCUCCUGUAAGUGACGCUUAUUCCUCAGAUAUAUUGCUUCUAAGCUUUCUUCUUUAGUUGAAGUGUUAAGCAGCAGCACUGUCUUGUCUUUCCGUUUACUGAUAUUUAGGGAGCAGAUGAUCAGAUUUCUGGCUUCCAAGGCACUCUUGCUGCUGCCCCUCCUGGGAAGUUGUUUUCUGUGGCGUGUUUGCAGUCUCAUGGUGUGUGGCGUAUGCACAGAAGUAUGUUUUACACCACCCCUAAUUUUGUUGCAUUCGUUUUUCUGAUUUAUUUUAUAGUUCGUUUUUGCUAUUUAUUGUGAAGAAAAUAUCAAAAGAUGAUGAAUAUUCUUGGCUCUAGAAUGCUUACCACCAGUAAAACAACAACAAAGAGACUGAAUUUCUAAUUCAAUGUACAUCUUUGUUAGCUCCUCCUAAGGCAUUUAUUCAGCAAAACAGCAGAAAAACAAAAGUGGGAGGUAGUUACUUUGUGUGUGCUUUUCUUUAAAUGAUUUUUCAUGAGGGGAAAACAUUAAGUUUGCUGUAUUUACUCAUUAGGCCAUGCAAGGAACUCAGCAACAUCUUCAGUUUUAGGUGUAGUUGCAGCCUACUUUGAUGUAGGUGUAUUUAAAAUAAGGCAAUACGAGAUAUUAGAUGUUUCCUCAUUUGUUCAUAGUGUUUGAUAGGUGUAAUAGCAAAGACAUGACCUCUCAGACCAAAUGCUAUUUAAUCUUUGAUUUCACAAUGGGACCCUAUAGCUAAUGCAUGAAACCAAGUUCUGAAAAGCUUUAACUCUUAUAUUUUUUAUAUAUAUGUAUGCUGCUUCUUAAAACAUUUUUUCUAAGUUAUUGUAAUGACUUUGAUUUGUAGUCAACUAAAGCUUAAAGUAUAUUUUGUUUCUCUUCUCAGUUUCUUUCUCUCCUUCCCACUCUCUCUCUCUCCCUCCCUCCAUCUCUCUCUCUCCUUCUCUUUCUCUCUUUUAUUCAUAUUUAGUAGGGACCUAGAGCCAGCACAACUUCUCACAGUGAGUUGGAUCUGUUAGCGAAACAUCCUACUACAUUGUUGGUCUUUUUAUACUGUCAUUCAGAAGCUGAAUAUUUCUAUUACUUGGGUACUUGCAAAAUAGUGACCAAAAUGUACUGUGUUGGGUAGAAAAUACCAUCUUAACAACGGAUUGCCCUAAGCAAGUUCCAAACCAAAUUUUAGCCUUGCUUCACCUUGGUAUAAAUAGCUAUGCCCAUUUUUAAAAAAUCUUUCUCUCUAACAGUAUAGUCUUUGUGGUUAUUUUUAGUAAUGAGCCACAUUCUUUACUUGCUAGAACUCAGACUUGUCUUUAGCCAAUUAUCAGUGCAGUACUCACAUCAUAACUAUGUAAUGUUCUCGUAAGAUAUCUGUCUGUGCAAUAUGGAAGCUAUGAGUGGACUCGUAGCUUUUUGGUUUAAUUGUACAUCAUUGUGUGUGUACAUGUGUAUAUAUAUGUAUAUAUAUAUAUAUAAGGACCAAAAUCCUUAGCUUGCUUAUACUGUUGCUAGUGUAAAGAUUGUUACACUUAAUUUUACAGGGCACAAAUUAUGGGGAUUACCUUUAUAGUCCAUGGUAAUAUACUUCCAUAAAUUAUUGCAUUAAUAUACAAUUACCAAUUUAAUUAUGAAGUUCAUAGGUAUUGACAGAAGUUACAGUGAAGUGCUCAAACCACAAAUUAUGUAGUAAUUAUAUUUUGGGUUGUUUAAUUAAUCAAAAUAUGCAUGUCAUUGUGACACAUGAUGUGUUAAAACAUGAUAGAUAAUCAUAUUUCUGGGCCCUGUAAAAUAGUGUCACUGUAAUACUCUGUUUGCCUCCUGUCUUGUUUACAUUAAACAAAGGACAUUUGGUAAAUUUUCCUAUUGAACAUUGUGUAGGUGACUGACAGUGUUACCACGGCCUGAAAUUCUUGGGCCAUCUAUGAAGAAACUUCAGAUGGUGAUUGUGUACCUACUAUCUCUUUAAUGGAAGUUGUGGUCAAGUCCAACUUUUUGUGCUAACAAUGCAUGCAGGACUAAGAGGGAUGAUCUAAAAAUAAAUCAUGCAAUGUAAACAAAAUGUCUUGUAUUCUUAUAAUUGGAAACGUGUUUAUUCACCGGUAAGUUGAAAACAAUAAUUCCUAACACACAAAAGGGUAUGACACACAACGAUCAAUAGGUCACUUCAGCAUUGACUUCAGGGAGAGAACGGGAAAGAAUAUAUUAAUAUUUGUGGAGGGGAAGGUGCAGUUUGAAAGAUCCUCCUGGGUGAGCCUCAGAAAUGUGUCCCCCACACUUGGAAUAACUAUAAAGGCAGUGCUUAUUAAAAUACAUUUCAUUUUCAAAACUGA